GUACCUGGGAAGGGGGCGGGCGAGGGGCACGGCGCGCCCCGCCCCGACGCGGACCACCGACCGCCGCGUCCCCGCCCGCCGCGCGCGCGCGCGCGGCCUCGGCGCUGCCGGCCCGUGACACACUGGGGGCCCCCGCCGCGCGCCGGUCGACCGCCGCCCGGAGGGCCCCGCCGGGCGCCGGACAGCCGGCCCCACCCGUCCCCCGGGACGGGGCAGAGCCCUUUCCCCACCGCCGCGCCCUCACACGCCGUCCCGUACGGGCCCGGCUCCGCCGGACCUCCCCCGGCCUCUCUCCCCCAACCACCGGGGGUGGGGGGGGCCCCCCUGCCCGCGCCCGCGCUCCCGGGCACCCUUCCCCCCAACCACCCACCACCGAGGGCAGAGGGCAGGGGGCAGGGGCUCCGACGGGAAGCUUGGCGCCCAGCGGGCGGGGGGGGGUCGAGAGGGCGGGAGAACCCGGACGGAGACACACGAGCCGCCGGGAGGCGUGGGGGGUGGGGCGGGGCGGGACAGGGCCCCGAGGCCCGGAGGGGCGCGGGAGGCGCCCGGCGACCGCGCGACGGGCCCAGAGCGGCGGGACGACCGACGACGACCGGCCGAGGCAGACCGGCCCAGGGCCGGCGGCGCGGGAGGCGACGGGGCGGGGCGAGCGGCCCCGCGACGGGGAAGCCGCCGCCCGUCGCGCCGCACAGCCGCGAGACGCGACCGGAGGACCCGCGCCGCGCGGGGUCCGCGGGCCGGGGAGAGGCGGUCGUGGCCGGCGCCACGGGCGGUGGGGUGGGGGGAGGCGCACGGGGCAGCCCCCCCCCCGAACCCUCGGGCCCACCUCCAGGGACGUGGCGGGGAGGCCGGGCGGGGAGAGGGACACACGCCGGAGGCGGCGACGCCGCGCCGCCGCCGGGCGCGAGGCGGGGCGGCGGGGCGACCCCCCGCCCCCGGACGCGUCUCCCUUCCCCCCUGCCCUUCCCCAUCCCGCGCCGCACGGGGGUGGCGGCGGCGGAAGGCGAGGCUCGCGAGCCGGGCGGCGCCGCUCUCGGCACGCGACCUCCGCGCGUUAAUGAUCCUUCCGCAGGUUCACCUACGGAAACCUUGUUACGACUUUUACUUCCUCUAGAUAGUCAAGUUCGACCGUCUUCUCAGCGCUCCGCCAGGGCCGUGGGCCGACCCCGGCGGGGCCGAUCCGAGGGCCUCACUAAACCAUCCAAUCGGAUCAACCAGGUAGGGGGAAGCGAGCGCGACGACGAGGAGCCGGGCGUGCCGGUGGGGGGGGGGGUGGGGAGAGGCAGACCCCCGCGAGGCGAGGGAGCCGAGAGAGGAGGGGGGGGCCGGGAAGGGCGCUCGCCGGGCCGGGAGACCCGACCGCCCCGGUCCCGCCCGCGGCGAGGACGCCCGACCGCGCGACCCACCCUCGGGGUCCGCGAGGGUCGCGGCGCGUCGCCGCCACCGCGCGGGAGGCACGAGGGGGGGGCGGGGUGGUGCGGCGGGGAGGAGGGCGGCGGGCCGCCCUGCUCUCUCCCUCCUCCAUCCCGCCCGGCCCGGGCCACACCGGGGACGGCCGACGCGCGCCCUCGGCGUCCGUCCGUCCACCCGCCCCAGAGCGGGGCGGGGGACGCCGGGCGGCGAGGACGCGGCGACCGGCCCGCGGCGGGGCAAGACCGGGGACCCGUCCCGCGCUCGGGCGAGCGCACCGGGGCGGGGGCGCCCCCUCGUCCGGCACGCGACGGCGGCGGCGGCGGCGGCGGCGACACGGGCGACGGAUCGGGGCCGCGGCGGGCCCGGGAAGCGAGGCACACCGGGGCACGCGGCCCCGGGGAGCAGCAGACGGCGAGGGGACCGAGGCGGACGGACGGGCGGAGAGGGGCACCGACGGGAUGCGGCCACGCGGGGCCGACACCGCGCAACCGGCGGCGGGGGUGGGGUGGCCGCGCGCCACCGCGAGGGGAACGGCCCAAAGCGAGCCGGGGGAGGGGACGCGAGUCGGCCGCCGGGGCCCACCGCGGGAUCUCACCGCCACAGGCCCUCCCGGCACAGGGGCGGUCCCGCGGCGCCACCCGCGACGAAGGACUGGCGCCCCCACCCUCGCGGGGCUCGCGGCCACCGCCACCGCCACCCCCGGAGCCGCAGCCGGCCCGGGGAGAACACUCUCCCGCCGCACACCGGCGGCCCCCCCCCCACGGCCCUCACGCGCGCGGGGCUCCCCCGCCCCGCCCCCCUCGCUCAGGGCUUUCCGAGGGCACUGCACCGCUCCGCCCGGGGACGCCACCGGCCCGGCAGGGGCCGGGGGACGACACCCACGUGAAGGCGAGGCGAGGCCGGCUCGGGCCCGGGCAGGGGACGGGAACGCGGGCGGUCGCACGCGCGGGACGAGGAGAGGCGAGGCGAGGCCGGCGGCGGCGGGGAGGGGCCGGCGAGCACGCACGGCGGGGGCCGCGGGACAGGGACGCGGGCGCCGUCCGGGGACCGGAGGAAAAAGACCGGGCCACGCGGCCGGGCCCCCAGGAACACCAGCGCGGGAUCCCACCGCCACCCGCACGCGAGGGCGGUCCCGCGACGCCCGGGGCGCCGGCCGGCCCCGGCCAUCCCCGGAGCGUGGCCCGCGACCCGGCCCCGCCGCCAGGAUCCGUCUUCCGUCUGAGUCUGAACCCCGAGGCGCGACCACCCGGGGACGACGCUCUCGAGCGAGGCGGCCCGGACCGUGACCGCACGCCGCCACCGGCUGCGGCUCAGGGGGCGAGGGCGGGGCUCACCCCACGGGGGCCGGCCGCACGCACACGGCCCCCCACCUGCCGGACGCCCGGCGGGGCCCAGCGGGACCCUCCCCCGACUCGGAGGGGGGAGGCGCGGGCCGCGAGAAGGCGUUCUCACCGAGGGCGCGCCGUCCCUCCCCCGGACCGUCUCGCCUUCGGGCUCACGGAGGCGCUCCACGAGCCGCCCGGCCUCAGCCGGGCGGGAGGGGUCUGCGGUACAGGGAAGCGGACCACCACGCAGGAGCGUGUGCGCGGUCAGGGCCAGAGCAGAGCCCGCGUCCCGCCCCCUGCAAGGCCUCAUCCGCCGAGGCCUCCGCGACGAGGGGAACGGGCACGCCUCUCCCUUCCGCCUCGACCCCCCCGAAAGACAGCCACGCUCGGGACACACACGCCACCGUGGCGGGGACCCGAGGGGGACGCCGGGUUGAGGGAAACGACACCACCGCUCGGCCUCAGGCACCUGAGGGACGACCUGGAGCGCUCCAGGGGCACCACCGAGGGUCACACGAGGCACGCUCGCACACCCGCGUGGGGCGCGCAGCGCGGCAGCGGCGGCACAGCCCUCCCCGCCACAGGGAGGGCCGCUCGCCGGGCACACGCCGAGGAGGCGAAGCGGGAGCAAUCUGCCGUGUCAGAAGACCAACGGCCCCCACUGACGCCCCGAGGCAGGGGACGGGAGACCGAAGAUCAGGGCCAGAGGCCACACCCAACCCCUGCCUUCCUCACCCUCCCUGACGGGCAGCGGGGGGGGAAGACAAGCGAGGGGCCCCGCGGACAGACCGAGAAGAGCGGACACGUUCACCGGGAACGCCCGUCCCUCGUCCGGCACGGUUUCGGCUCGGCCCGGGAGAACACGACCACACCACAUCGAUCCGUGGAGCCGAGGUGGAGCAGGGGGAGGCACGGCGAGGACAGUCACCAGAGGGGCCCGCUUUCAGCCUCGCCGGCAGCCUCCAUCCCCCCCCCACCUCGCCUCAGGCGAGAGCGGCCAACGACCCCGAGAGGAGAACACCUGACAGGUGGCGCGGAGCCCACAGGGCGGGGGUCGUCCCAGCCGCCACCAGGUGCCCACAGCGGGGGUGAGGGGCGCCGAGGGUAG